AUGUUGCGAAGGUAUGCGCUCGGCUUCUCGAGCGUCGGCCGCCAGUUUUCGACCAUGAGCUCCAGCACCCCGAUGGAGGAUGUCAUCCGUGCAAAGAUCACCGCGGCCCUGAAUCCCCAGACACUGGAAAUCUACAACGACUCCCAUCUCCACGCCCACCACAAGCCUAUGCAGGGCAACACCUCGCGCGAGACUCACUUUAGGCUCGUCAUCACCUCGGACGCUUUCCAGUCCAAGAUGCAGCCCGCGCGGCACCGCAUGGUCUACGCCCUCCUCCGCGAUGAAAUGGCCCUCGAGAACGGCAUCCACGCCCUCCAGCUCAGGACCCUGACCCCCGACGAGGAGGUCCGGCAGCAGAAGAAGAAGAAGGACGACGAGGCGGCCAAGGAGGCGGCCCAGCAGCCGUCGACUGACGAGACAUGA